AUGCUGACUGCUGAAUCCUGGAGUUUGGUGGCAGGUUCGUCCCAGGAAAGUUCUCGGGACUGCAGGUUGGUUGGAUUUGUGAAUAUGAGCUGUGACAAUGCCAUGCUUGUAAGAGCUUUGGAUAGGUUUUACAGAAGAGUGCAAGCAAUGAAUAAAUUGCUCCCACGUGUUGAUUUUAUGGAGAAAGGUAUUGAAAUUAUUUCAAAAGCUGCAAAGGAUCGGUGUAGCUAUUAUCUUCAGAGGCUGAAGGAAUGUUUUUCAGCUUCUAUGAUAAAUGUCAGGCAAAGUAUAGUGGCCCCUCGAAUACUAGGUCAAGAUGGAACAAAUAGUUUAGCUGAUGUUCUUGCUGAAUUUGAAUCCCAAGUAUCAAACAGCAUUAAAACUGUUCAAUCUGAACUACAGUUUUUUAUUCAUUCAGAUAUAACAUUUUCCAUGCAAGUUCAAUUCAGGGAGCCAUUCUGCAAAAGUGUUCGUGAAGGUCUUGUAGUUGCAUUCUUAAAAUACAUAAAUGAAAAAUGCCAAGAAUUCUGCUCAAAUUAUGAGAAAAGUGCUGUUCCUGCACAGUUAAUUCUGCUGCUGUCACGGUUUUGCUUUAACUUGGAGCAGUCAUCAAUUUGUUAUUUGGUUUCCUUAGUUGAUGAGAAAUUUGAAGUUGAAGCUGGGGAUGGUUUGACACCUGUUUCUGAAAUUUGUUUAGAGACCAAAAGAUCUGCCCAAAAUCUUUUGGAUCACUUCGUGAAAGUACAAGGCUUAAACAUAUCACAGAUGCUUCGUAAAAGUGUGGAAACUCGUGAUUGGCUAAAUGCCAUAGAACCAAGAAAUGUGCGUGCUGUAAUGAAGAGAGUAGUUGAAGAUGUGACAUCUGUAGAUACUGAAGUUGGGCAGCUAUAUGAAGAAGGUACCCGCCGUGAACGAAGUAGUGACUCCAGCCGACGUACUUAUCCAAGUACUGGGAGGUCUCAUAGAUCAAAAUACAAUGCAUAUGCACCCAGCACAAUAGAUAAUAGCUUGAUGAGCAACAUACAGAAGCUGUUUUCAGAGAAAAUUGAAAUUUUUAGCACAGUUGAAUUUUCUAAAGUGUCUGUCAUGACUGGAAUAAUCAAAAUCAGUUUAAAGACAUUUCUUGAAUGUGUGCGCCUUAGAACAUUUAGUAAGUUUGGUCUCCAGCAAGUUCAAGUUGACAUCCACUAUUUACAGUUGUAUUUAUGGCACUUUGUAGCUGAUGAAAAUUUAGUCCAUGUCCUUCUGGAUGAAAUAAUGAGUAGCACAAUAAAUCGCUGCUUAGAUCCAGUUUUAAUGGAGCCAAGUGUUGUUGAAGUUAUAUGUGAAAGAGGAUAAAGUACUCCUGUAGCUAGACAAUUUAUUUGAUAACUUUCAUUCCUGUACAUUAUGAUAUCUGUUUUAUAUAGCCUUUCAAGGUCUAGUGUUUUUUCCUUUCAGAAUAAGUUAUUUUUUGCAAAAAAUUAUUGUUGAAUAGCAGUAAAGUUUUAAUAUCAUUAAGAUUUUUUCCCCUUUUUGAUCAGUAACUUAGUUACUGCUGAAGAAAUAUUUUUAUAAAUGGCAGUUAACACUAAUACAGCAAAGCAUGAACUGUUUCUGAAUAAAAAUUGUCCUUAAUUGGU